UGGCUACCUAGCCGGCAUGUGACUGACCUGUGGUUGAAAUAAUGUGUUGUUGUUUCAACGUUGAAAAAACAUUAUAAACAAAGUUAUAAAGUGAUUUUAGAAACAACGUCGCAACAGCAACGUUGAUUCGCUUUACAAAAUGGAGACAAAAUUCAAAAGUGAUUCACCCGUAAAUAAACGUUGAAAUGCCGGCUGGGUGGGUAUUAGCACUGGUUGGACUUUUACAUUGAGGCCCAUUUGCACACAAAGGGGCCAAUUUUUCGGCAAAUGUGUGCAUAUUACCCAAGUUAAGUACGUGCAAAUGGCACCGGGGCACAGAGACACUAUUUGCUUGGCAGCGCGAGGACUUUCAAACUAACUGACCGUCCUGCGCAGAGCUUGAGUAUGGCCCGUCGUGUGGCUGUGGUCGGAGCUGGCAGCUCAGGCUUGGUCUGUAUUAAGAUCUGCUUGGAUGAAGGGCUAGAGCCAGUAUGCUUCGAAAGCAGCGAUGACAUUGGCGGCCUGUGGAGGUUCAGGGAGAACCCAGAGCCAGAUCGGGCCAGUAUCUACCACUCUGUCAUCAUCAACACCUCCAAAGAGAUGAUGUGCUUCAGUGACUUCCCCAUCCCUGCAAACUUCCCCAACUAUAUGCACAACUCCCUCAUCAUGGAUUACUUUCGGAUGUAUGCUGAUCACUUCCAGCUCACCAAGCACAUAUGUUUCAAUACCAAAGUCUUGCGGAUGAAGCAGAGACCUGAUUUUGACCAUUCAGGCCAGUGGGAUGUUGAGACAGAGAGCAGAGAUGGAAAGAAAGAGAGGCACAUUUUUGACGCUGUGAUGAUCUGCAUUGGACACCACUGUGACCCCAACAUGCCUCUCCAUGACUUCCCUGGCUUUGACACGUUCAAGGGAAAGUACCUCCACAGUAGGGACUACAAGACUCCCGAGGAGUGGCGGAAUAAGAAGGUUGUAGUGAUUGGAAUAGGAAACUCUGGUGGAGACAUAGCUGUGGAACUGAGCAGAGUCACCAAGCAGCUUUACCUGAGCACUCGGAGAGGAGCCUGGAUUAUCAAUCGAGUUGGAGACAAUGGGUUGCCCUUGGAUUUGGGGUUCAACAGGGUGUUUAAUUCUCUGAAGAGUAUCCUUCCUUUUUGGCUUCUUUGCCGCCUGGGAGAGAACAGACUCAACCAAAGAUUCAACCACAGUCUCUACAAUCUGAAGCCAAAACACAGGUUGUUCAGCCAACAUCCCACAGUGAAUGAUGAACUGCCCAACCGCAUCCUGUCAGGAACAGUUCAGGUAAAAUCCAACAUCCAGAGAUUUCAGGGAUCCAGUGUGGAGUUUGACGAUGGGAGCGUAGUGGAAGACAUUGACCUGGUGGUAUUUGCCACUGGUUACAGCUUUUCCUUUCCAUUCCUUGCCUCUCACGUGCUCUCAGUGACUGGGAACAAGACAUCCCUGUACAAGAAUGUAUUCCCACCUAACUUGGACCACCCCACACUGGCUAUUAUUGGGUUAGUGCAGCCUCUCGGAGCCAUUAUGCCCAUCUCUGAGAUGCAAGCCAGAUGGGUCACAUGUGUCUUUAAAGGUUAUAAGAAGCUUCCUUCAGUGCCUGCCAUGCUGAAGGAUAUUCAGUACAAGAAGGAUGCCAUGGCUAAAAGGUAUGUUACCAGCCAGCGGCACACCAUACAAGUUGAUUAUAUCAGCUACAUGGAUGAGAUAGCAAGGCUGGUGGGUGUUCGACCCAAUAUCCUUGGGCUACUACUGACAGAUCCCAGGCUUGGACUGAGUGUACUGCUGGGUCCCUGCACCCCGUACCAGUACCGUCUGAGAGGGCCAGGAAAGUGGGUUGGGGCCCGUGAGGCUAUCCUCACUCAAUGGGGUCGGGUAGCUGAACCCAUGAAGACCAGACCAUCUGACCAAUCUGAGUCAAAGCAGUUCUUCACAUUGCGUCUCGUUCUGAUGGCUGCUGCCUUGGGGAUGGCCACCUAUUACUACAGGAACAACCUCUCAGCCUUCCUACAGGAGCCAACCGCAUUGCUGGACACAAUUUAAGUCAACCUGCCUAAACAGUUAACCCACAUCAGAUUGUAUAAUAAUGAUUGUAUAAUGCAUAGCUAGCAGGCAAUUGCUCUUGUAAUUAUUGGCAUAGUGAUCAUUACAUAUGCGGGUGUUUUAGUUCACUAUGAACCCAUCAUCUCAGAUGGCCUGUUAGCCAAGAUACAUUAGUAAGUGUUCCCACCUAGUGGCGGCCCUAGAGUACAGCUAAGGUGACGCUUGGAAACACUGACUAUCGUGUGUGGUCUUGUCUCUCACCAGCACAUGAAUCAUGAGAUUAUCACAAUUUCACUCAAUAAGUAUGAGCUCUCUCUUUUUUCAAAAUUCAAUAAACAGAGAUACCAUCAA